CUUAUUCAAACUGCGUUCACUGCGCAGGCGAUUCUCCAUGUUAUAAGUGUUCAACAUGCGUGACUGAAGUCAGCAUUCGUGCCGAGGUAUCAGACGCGUUCGUGAGCCACGCCAGCGAAGAACUGCUUAUUAAUUGGCGUAAUAGUUAAUUUGAAAUCGCAUUUUUAGUGUACCACUGUGUGAUAAAUUCGGAAACAUGGCGACAGAAGUGGCGCAUCUUCCUCAUCUGAAGGUCUUUGAUCGCGUAAUGGAAUUACCCAUCGUUGAAUUGGCGCUCGUCAAAUCAGCAGAAACAUAUUCCAGGGUGAAGAGUUCAAAUCAACUGGUGUAUUGGGCUCUCUCUACCGCCGAGUCCUCUCUAAGCACUGCAACGAACAAAGCGAUGCCCAUCGCCGUACCCAUUGCGAAAAGAUUGGAAAGUCCUAUCAAUUUCGUCGAUCACACAUUAUGUCUUGGUCUCGAUAAAAUUGAAGAGAAAGUGCCGUUGGUGAAGGAAAAACCCGCACAGAUUUUAGAAAAAGCAGUAUCAAGUAUUUCGCAUGUAAACGAUUUGAUUAUCGGACAAGCGACGAAUUUGCGAGACAUCAGCUGGAAUACGGCCAAUCAUAUACUCGAUACACACUAUGGCAAUGUUGCUGUGAGGGGUAUUGAUAACACGGCUGUUAUCGUUGAUAAACUCAUUGACAGAUAUUUCCCCGCAACAGAAAAAGAAAAACCGACAUAUAUUAGCAAAGCUGAAGAAGACAGAUUACUACAUACUUUACAAACUGUUGGUCAUCUCUCCAAUAAAGCUGCUCGACGUGUAUAUUUAAAUAUAAUACAUCAUCUGAGCUCCAUCAAAAAGGACGGUUUAACAACCUACGUCAGCAAUUUAGUCGAGUUCCUUCGAUUAACAAAAUUCCUUUCCACAGUCAACGAAAAAUCACACAUUAAUGGGGAGAAAAAAGAAGAAAUACAAGAAACAAGAAAAGAAGAAAUACAAGAUGAAAAAGAGAAGAGCGAAUAAAAUCCUCCUAAUCAUUCUAAUUCUUUUUGAAAGUUCUCCGUGUAUGGUUAUUUAAAUCAUUAUGCAAGGAAUAUCGUUUGCAUUUAUCAUUGAAAACAGCAUUUAUAUUUAUAAUAAUUGUGAAUAAAAUAGCUAUGCAGUGACUUCGUAAACUCGUUAACAAUCUCGAAUUAAUUCGAAUUAACAACUCGAAUUAACUAUCGCAUAUUAAUACUUUCGCGACCGCGAAAACAAUCGACACGCGAAAAUACACUACGUCAAUGAAUCGCUAAACAUUUCUUUAUAUUGCUCGUUAAAUACAAAAUAUGAAAAAAA